ACUCUCAAGUCAAGAAAGGCACUGGUCUCUCAACUCGACUGACCUCCUUCACUCGCUCACCUUCUUUCGUUAUCACCCCAAACCACUUUCGUUGCUGAAAGGCCUGCAGUUGCCUAUCAUGCAUAUCAAGUACCUCCUCAUCAAUCUUUUCGCCCUGACCGUCUCGGUCAAGGCUCUCCCUGAUGCCGACAACGACUUCGGUCUUGAGGCUCGGGAUGACUCCGACGCUCUUGUCCAGCGCUGGGACUGUGGCCAUGACGCCAAGGAAGUCUACGGCAAGUGUGUCUGCAACGACAAGCAGCUCACCUGGGACGGCAAGAAGUGUGUCUGCCCCAAGGGUACAACCUGGGAGUACGGCAAAUGCGUGCCUAACAAGCCCUCUUGCCACAAGCCUCAGGUCUACAACCCUCACUCCAAGAAGUGCGAGUGUCCCCAUGGCACUGAGUGGAAGUACGGCAAGUGUAUUCCCAAGUGCCCCCACGGCCAGCACUUCGACAAGGACCAGUGGAAGUGCGUCUGCCCUAAGGGAACUGAGUGGAAGUAUGGCAAGUGUAUUCCCAAGUGCCCCGACGGUCAGUACUUCGAUAAGCACCAGUGGAAGUGCUGGUCUCACAAGUGCGAAUGCCCCAAGGGAACUGAGUGGAAGUACGGCAAGUGUAUUCCCAAGUGCCCCCACGGUCAGCACUUCGAUAAGGACCAGUGGAAGUGUGUCUGCCCCAAGGGAAAGAUCCUUGAGUACGGCAAGUGUGUCUGCCCCAAGAACCAGGUUGAGAAGUAUGGCAAAUGUGUUUGCAAGGAUGGCUUCAAGCUUGAAUACGGAAAGUGUAUCCCUAAGUGCCCCAAGGGUCAGACCUUCAACAAGUGGUCUCAUAAGUGCGAAUGCCCCAAGGGAACUGAGUGGAAGUACGGCAAGUGUAUUCCCAAGUGCCCCCACGGUCAGCACUUCGAUAAGGACCAGUGGAAGUGCGUCUGCCCCAAGGGACAGAUCGAGCAGUACGGCAAAUGCUCGUGCCCCAAGGGCCAGUACUACGACCGCUGGAGCAAGUCGUGCAAGUGCCCCAAGGACCUGAGCUGGGACGGACACAAGUGCGCCUACGACUGCGGCGAGGACGCCGAGUACAAGUAUGGCGGCUGCGUCUGCAAGAAGCACGGCCAGGUCUAUGACAAGAAGUCCAAGACUUGCAGCUGCAAGCAUGGCUGGUACUGGGACCAGCACAAGGGAGCCUGCAAGAAGGGCGGCUACUAAAAGGUGCUGAAUCGGGGGAGAUGGAGGGGAAUAGCUACUUGGUGGAGGACAGCCUGGAAGAGGCUCUGAUGAUCUUAUGAGAUUGCCUUUGGCUUUGCCUUUGGCCUGGACAUAGCACGCUUACUUCGCUGCACAUCGUUACACUCCUUAUAUACUUUACUUCAUAGUGGAUAAUACUUAAAUCAAGGAUAUUGCGGAUCAC